AUUCGUACUCCUGACCCUUGCGUGGGCCGGCGAGAUCGUUCAACUUAUCUACUCAGUAUCAGGAGAAAUCCCCCCCAAGACCCGCUCUCCCGGGCUUGGCUGAUUGUUACAUAGAAUACUAAUAUUAGCAACCUUGCGGUCGUCCUGUCGCAUACGCCCCUGACCACCUUCCUUUCACUUUCACCACCUCGUUUUCUUAUCCCCCCUCGCUCCUUUUUCUUCUGAACUUUUCCUCAAUCGCCAUGACUCUGUGUCAGCAGAACGGGACGGCUCUGCGCUAUAUCCCCCUAUCCUAUAACCAUGCCGACUCUCACGCAUCCGCGUUGCGGCUCAUCCUCACACUCAACCCUGAUUGGGAGGGACCGGAAAACAAGAUUGAAUUCGUGCGGUUCACGGACGGCAUCACCAAUACUCUUCUUAAAAUCAUCAACCGCAAACCCGGUUUGACCGAGGAGCAGAUAGAUCACGAUGCAGUACUGAUGAGAGCGUACGGUAACCACACAGAGAUUCUUAUAGACCGCGAAAGAGAAACGAGCUCCCAUGCUCUCCUCGCUAGUUAUGGCCUAGCUCCUCCGCUUCUGGCACGCUUCAAGAAUGGCCUUCUGUAUCGUUUUCUCCGUGGUCGGCCGGCGACCCACGAGGAUCUGGCGACGCCUCCAGUAUGGCGCGGUGUUGCCAGACGACUGGCGCAGUGGCAUGCCGUUCUGCCCGUCUGUGGGACUCCGGUGACUUCGAAGGAAUCCGACGAUGUACCCCUCACGCGACAAGUAGACGUCGACUCGGAAGACCACCAGCGACAGUCCCAGCAGGAAGGUAGCUUGUCCGUGGUGAAGACUAAGCAGCCCGGACCCAACAUCUGGACCGUUACCCAGAAAUGGAUCCUUGCUCUGCCCACGGCAACGGAAGAGCAGCGCCAGCGGAGACUGAGUCUGCAGAAGGAGCUUGAACGGGUCGUGCGUGAGCUUGACGAUGGCAAGGGACUUGGUGAAGGCGGCCUGGUCUUCUCCCACUGCGAUCUCCUCUGUGCCAACGUUAUUGUCCUUCCCACGGAGCAACAAAAGCAAAACGGGCACGCUGUCACCACCGGAGAUCAAGAACCCGCCACGGUCAACUUCAUCGACUACGAAUAUGCUACCCCCUCUCCAGCUGCUUUCGACAUCGCGAAUCACUUCGCUGAAUGGGGUGGCUAUGACUGCGACUACAACAUGAUGCCGACGCGGUCCGUCCGACGCCAGUUCCUGACCGAGUAUGUUAAGAGCUACAGCUACCACAAGGGGAUCCCUGAGUCAUUCCAGCCAGAAAUCAUCGACCGCCUCUACGAGGAUGUCGAUCGAUUCCGCGGAAUUCCCGGUUUAUACUGGGGAAUCUGGUCUCUCAUCCAAGCCCAAAUAUCCCAGAUCGACUUUGACUACGCCUCCUACGCCGAGAUCCGCCUCGGAGAAUACUACGCCUGGCGUCGCGAGACGGACGGAUCUCGGGUCCAGGCUCAGGAAGAGAUGCCCCUCCGUGAGCGUCGCUGGGCCCAAGAGGCGUGACCGGAAGGUCGACUACUACCUUCUCAAUCUCACCAGACAACAAUUCGACCUUCACAAAUUCUUGCGACCCCAUUCUAAUGCAUUCGCCUUCUCUAAUAUAGAAACCAGCAGCUAGUAUCCUAGCUA